GCCGCCGCCGGUCCACACCGCGGGGGUGCCGCCGACCGAAUCUGCAGGUCUCUUGAUUGGUGGUUCCAACUUCUCUGCCUUCUUUUAGGUGGAGCUUCAACAAUGCCUCCAAAAAGUGUUGCUGAGGAGUUUGUUGGUCACCGUCUGCUUAGUCGAGUCCAGCAUUUUCCUGAUUCAAAAGAUCUACCGCUUCCACUCGAUAUGGAGAAGUACGCCAAGGAUGACCCUCCAUGUCAGACAACGCUAUGCACAAAUGUGGCGGUGGAGCAGUACAACGCCCAGCAGGUGGAGAGUGGUAAGAAGAUAAGGGGAGCUGUUGGAGUGGACAGUCAAAUGUUUGUAUUGUCUCAGGACGACCCAGUCAGCUACUGGCACCUAUACUUCAAGGGGUCGGUGGGGAGGAAAAAGUGCAAGUUCUUUGCAGAGCUGAGCGGCGUAGGAGGGCCGAAGGAGCUAAGGACCUGUGUAUUCGUGGACAAAGCAAUUGCUGCUUCUGUGGUGAACUGCGACCAUUGCUUUGGAGGAAUCUGGCACCCUCUACAAAAUUUUCUUGGAUGCAAAGAAGAAGAGGAGGAGGAGGAGGAGGAGCAUAAGAAGAAGAAAAGAAAGCACGGCUGGGUUUUUAAGUUGGACUGGCUUGAUUCUGAUUAGCGUGCCAGGCAGGAUUUUUGUUUUUGUAUGAUGCG